AUGACUUAUAACCAAGACCCAAAAGAAGGCCGUUCCAGCGACGAUGAGUAUAAUAACGAAGCUAGUAUUGGACUUAUUUCCGAACAACCCCGAAAGAACAAACGAAAAGAAACAUGCACAAAGACAUUCUUGGUGAUGCUUUUGAUAGCGUCGAAUGUUGUUUGGAUCGCUGCAGUAUCAGGAACUUGGUACGGGACCAAGGAUCUACUUGAGAGAUGCGAAAGUAACAGAUAUCCUGCAGACUUUGUUUCGAGAGAAGCGGUGCCGCUCAAGCUCAAGACCAUCAACUUUGAUGAUCUUCUCCAAUACAAUACCACCAGCCACAAAGUCUACCGAGAGAUGAACCCUUCGCUACCACUAUACUUUGGUCCUCCAAGUCCUGCAAUCGAUGCAGCAUGGGAGAAGCUUCUUCACUACCAAUAUCCCGCCGUCAGCGAAGAAGAAAUAGCAAUGAACCCAGCUCUAUCAUUCUCACCAAAUGACAGGCACCCAAUGACUGGUCAAUACCACGGCGCACUCGACGUAUUCCAUAAUCUUCAUUGUCUCAACAUGGUCAGGAAGCAAUUUGAUAAAGACUACUACGGAGAGAUGAACAUGAACACGAGAUACGAACGUCCGCAAAGUUCUAUUGACGCUGCUGAAAAGGACCAUCUUUAUCACUGCAUGAACCAUAUUCGACAGAGUCUUCAAUGCCGACCUGAUCUUAGUCCUGCUGCUAUGCAUGUCUUCAAGGAUACGGAUGGAUCACAAUUCAUCUUGGGGAACGCAAAGAGUCAUUCUUGCUACGACUGGCAAAAUAUAAUGGAUUGGGCUGUAGCUAGGGAAUCGACAUUGGGUUACGCUCAACCUGUUCAUUAA